AUGGACCUCCCACCGGCGCCCACGCCGCCCGUCAACACGAGCGGCAUGCCGUCGAGCCAGCAGGACCGCACGGCCAACCUCCUCAACCUGCUCAAGUUCAGCGGUGCCGGUGCCUCGGUCGGCACGACGGCCCCCCGGGAGCCCCAGCCGCCCCAGCAGCCCCAGCAGCCCCCUCCCCAGCAGCAUCAGCUCCAGCAGCCGCAAGGCCAUGAGCGUCAGCAGCCGAGCUUUGGCCAGCCUCAAUAUCCCGCCGCUCGCCUCCAUCAGCCCGCCCCGACCGCCGCCGAUCCGACGGGCUUGCUGGCAGCCCUUAUGAGGGGCGCUCACGAGUCCGAGGAGCCCCGACCGCCCGUCCAGCCGGCCGCCGGGCUCGACGCAGCCAAGGCCAAUCCCUUCGCCGGCUCGCCGACGGCCGACACGAGAGCCUUUCUCCUGAACCUGCUCAACCGUCCCAAGCCUAGCCAGACGGACCAGCCUGCGUCCGUGGCCGAGCCGUCACGCUCCUCCAACGGUACCACGCCCCGAUCCCCCGACGCUCUCGCCGCCGCCGCCGCCGCCGCCGACGACGACGGACAUUACCAGCUUCCCUAUCAGCCGCAGCAGCACUACCAGCCGCAGCAGCACCAGACUUCGUCCGAGUCCUUCGCCCAGGUGCCCCAUCCGGCGUCCAACGUCAGCUCCUUCUCCUUCACCCAGACGCAGCCCCUCGGCUCCCUCGACCACCGCUCGUCCCCCCGGAACGGCGGCGCCGGCGACGUCAAGAUUCUCAAAAACGGCCACGCUUCGCCCGCCGCCGGCGGCGGCCACCUUGACCCGUCUCGUCCGGGCAGCGACGGCAGCCCGAUGACGAGCCCGCCUGGCUGCGCCGCGAGGAAUGUCGACCGCUCCUCGUCGCUGAAUUCCCACCAGUCUCUCCGCCACUCGGUCAAGCAGACGCCCUCGACGUCCGAGUUCGAGACCUUCCCUCCGCCCGCCGAGAAGCACAAGGAGACGGUGGCCGAGGCCGUCCACGACCUCGCCGGCAAGGCUGAUCGGGAUGCGCGCGAGGCCCUCGACCGGGCCGAGCAGAGCAUGGAGCGGUCGCCCGCCGAGGCCGCGAGCCCGGACGUCGAGGAGUGGCGCCGUGAGCCCAUCGUCUCCGCCGCCGCCUCCGUCUCCGCCGCGGAAAAGCCGACGGUCGACGACGACGCGAGGACCGGCCUCGCCCGGGGCUCCAAGCCUGACUCUCCCGACGCCCCCCUUGGCGGUCACCGAAAGGCGCCCCCCACCUCGGACGGCAACGGUCACGUCGUUGCCGACAGCUGGGAGAGCGCCGACCAGGACGAGGUCAUGGUUGUCGACGAGAAGCGGACGCCGCCCGUGCGCGUCUACAACUUCCCCAUGAAGCCGUGGAUCGCCAUCACGCUGCACGGGGACGCCACCGAGCCGCGCCCGCUGUUCCGCGACGACGCCAUCAUGGACAUUGCCCGUCUCAAGAAGGACUUUGAUCAGAUCGACCGCAACCUCUACACGGCCUCGCAGACCUACAUGACCUACGGCAUGUCCAAGCAGGGCGGCCUGCGCGUCAUCCGCCAGGACGACGGCAAGGACGCCAAGAUCUUCACCGACACCAAGGACCGCAUCUUCAACGUCGCCAUGUCCGUGACGCCCGCCGACAACGCCCGCCUCCAGCGCGAGGCCAUCAUCGGCACCGGCAUCAGCGGCACCGUCUAUUGGGUCCAGAUCAAGGACGGCGACAAGGACCACGUCGAGGACGCCCACCUCGAGCAGUACGGCUUCGCCCUGCCUCCCAUGGCCUUCCACGACGGCGACGUGCCCGGCGGCGUCCUGAAGACGCGAGCGCGGGCGUCGACGGUCCACCCCGAGUACUUUGCCGUCGGCCGCGGCAAGUCCAUCAGCUUCAUCUGGCCCUCGUUCAUCAUGCAGAACAACCUCUUCAAGGACGGCCACGACCGCGUCGUCGACACCGACAGCCUGCAGAGGCACUGCUCGCUCAAGAUCAACACGGGCAAGGCCGGCAAGGACUUCAUCUUCAGCCCCGACGACUCCGUCGUCGUCUCCCUCGACAAGGCCGGCCGCGUCAAGUUCUGGGACGUCGGCGACCUCGCCGCCGUCAAGGACGGCUCCGACCCGCGCACUCCCAUGCCGGCCCACACCUCCCUCGAGGUCAAGGAGCCCAUCAUGUCGCUCGCGAGCACGCCCGAGGGCGACAAGGCCUGGCCCACGUCGGUGCUGCUGCUCGACAAGCAGCGCCCGUACCAGAAGCGAUGCGCCCUGCGGUACAUGAUUGUCGGCAUGAAGCAGAACCACACCCUCCAGCUCUGGGAUCUCGCCCUCGGGAAGCCCGUGCAAGAGUUCAACCUCCCCCACGGCCAGGAGUCGGACGCCGUCUGCAGCGUCAUGUACCACCCGUCGAGCGGCAUGCUCGUCGUCGGCCACCCGACGCGAAACUCCAUCUACCUCGCCCACCUCUCGGCGCCCAAGUACAACCUCAAGAGCGUGUCGCAGGCCGAGUACGUCCGCCGGCUCGUCGCCCAGGACCCGUCCCUGCCCCAGCCCGACAGCACGGCCGUCAUCAGCGGCGUCCGCGAGUACUCCUUCGCCAACCGGGGCGUCAUCCGCAGCCUCGACAUCCUCUGCAACCCCGCCAUGGUGCAGGACGUCGACGAGCCGACGCUGUUUGAGCUCUACGCCAUGCACUCCAAGGGCGUCGCCUGCCUCCUCAUCCGGCAGGGCGAGCUCGGCUGGUCCAGGGACAACAAGGUCCUCGAGCCCGUCGACGCCGUCAAGGAAAAGGUCGUCACCGUCUCCAAGCUCAAGGCGCCCCAGCAGGAGACGACGGCGGCGUCGGCCGAGGCGGCGCCGGCCUGGGCCGCGACCCGCGGCCCGCCCAAGGAGUCGCUCGUGCGGUCGACGCCGACGCCCGUCGAGGGCCUCGGUCAGCGAGGAGCCGAGUCGGCGACGCCCGUCAGGAUCAGCAAGAGCGACUCCAGGGGGACGGACACGCCGGUGCAGUCGGCCAAGGAGAACCAGGCGGAGAAGCCGGAGAGGAAGUCUCGCAAGCGAAGGACCAAGGAGGCCGAGCCCGCCGCGGCCAACGGAACCUCGGGCGCCAACCGGACGGCGGGUCAUCCCGGCCGCGCCGAGGGCGCCAAGGGAGCGGAUGCCGUCGCCAACGGCGUGCCGUCGGACCUGCUCGACUCUGCCAUGGCCGCCAUGGAGGCGCGCCUGUCGACGACGGUGGCCGACGCGCUCAAGUCGUCGCUCAGGAACCUGCACGGCAAGAUUGACGAUGGAGCGCGCGUUAGGGACGAGAACUUCAACAAGCACCAGCUCAAGCUCCUCGACAUGGUCUCCGAGGUCCUCAACGAGAACACGCAAAAGGUGCUCGAGUCCCUGAUCCACCACCAGUUCACCGAGCUCGUCAUCCCCGCCGUCGGCGACCACGCGGGCAGGGCCGUGACAGACAUGCUCCAGAACAAGCUGCAGCCACACGUCGCCGCGGCCGUCCAGAAGGAGAUUCAGAGCUCCCUGCCUCACGCGCUCGGCCGCUCGCUCCGGUCGGCCGACUUUGUCAACGCCAUCUCCGACCGCGUUGGCUCCGCCGUCUCGACGGGGCUGCAGCAGGAGGUGCUCGCGACGCUCGGCCAGAGGCUGGCGCCGUCCUUUGCCAACAUCGCCGGCCAGAGCGCCCAGCGCGUCGCUGGCGAGCUCCACCAGCAGUAUCAGGAGCAGUUUGAUCAGAUGAAGGCCCAGCACGCCGCCGACGCGGCCAAGGUCGACCAGCUGCUGGCGUACGUCGGUCGCCUGACGGACAUGGUCUCCGCCAUGGCCGCUUCCCAGUCGUCUCUCCAGGCCGAGCUGCAGAAGCUGAAGCAGCAGCCCGUGCACGAGCUUCCGGGCGCUUCCCAGGGCCCCCCCACGGCGCCCCGUGGCAGCGUCAGCCAGGGGUACGGCGGCGGCGGCAUCAUGGCCGGCGGCGGCGUGACGAGCCACCGCGGCAGCUUCGCGGCCAGCCAACCCGUCAGCCAGCCGCCGUUCGCAAACAGCUCGCAGUACGCGCGCGGGUCCCAGCCGGUGACGAGCACGCAGUCCGACCACGUCGGGGCCCCGAGCAUCAGCGCCUUGGCCGGAGCCUUUGCCCACCAGAUGAACAAGAGCGACGGCGAAGCCGAGCUGGAGCUCGCGCAGCGAAUCCACACCAUCGAGAAGGCCAUCCAGGAAGGCCGGCUGCAGGAUGCCAUGAUCCAGUGGAUCCAGAGCGGUCACGAGGUGGAGAUUUUCCGACGGUGCCUCAGCGUCUACCCGCCGAGCAGGUUCGACAACUUGUCGCCGCUGCUGCUGCUGGUCGUCAUCGCGACCAUCUCCAAGGACCUGAAGCCCAACCCGCGGCUCAAGCAGGAGAUUGACUGGAUCGAGAUGGCGGUGCGCUCCUUUGGCGACAGCAUCCCAUCCUACGUGAGCAUCCCCCCCCUCCCACCUUGGAGCGACGCGCCGACGCUGACCCGACGACAGGACUGGGAAGGCCAGGGCUUUGGAGAGGUGAUGAAGAGCGCGUCGCAGACGAUGCAGCUUCUCGUCGGCCGCCUCCAGCCGCUGAUUGCGGGCUACAACGACGGGUACCCCCUCGACCCGUUCCUGGCCAACGUCGACAAGGGCAAGAUUGAGUGGAUCGUGCGAUCGUCGAAGCACAUUCUCGAGUCCUUUGUGGCGCCGCAGCGUUACGAGUAG